UACAUACUGAAAGAAUCCUCUAACAGAACAAAUCAUCGUCUAUAUGUGGAAAAACGAAUAACGAAAUGAGCAAACUCUGGCUUCAUCAGCUGGCUGUCCUUCUAUUCAUAUCUGCAGUGUUUGUACAGGCCAAACUUCACAUUGGUGUGCCAGAAGGCACUUCAAGCAAUGAUAAUACGGAGGGAGGAAAUUCCAUUAUACUAAUUCAACAAAUACGAGCUUACUGGAGAUGCUACGAGAAGGUGAAAACUAGACCGGCAUCGAAUGCAGCAGGAGAUCAUAAUGACGAAACCGAUCUAUUUUGUCCUGCUACAUUCGAUGGCUGGGGAUGCUGGGAUGCAACUGCAGCUGGAAAUUACGCCGAGAUUCCAUGUCCAGUUGAAGAAAACUCUUCAAACAAAGUACGGAAGAGAUGCUCGGAGACUGGCUCCUGGGAAAUAAACGAAAGCACAAAAGAAGAAAAAGUAGAUUAUCGCGACUGCAACAUCAACGUCUCGUCAGCCGAUCCUGAUCUUCUAUUUCAAGUAAUCCAAGAGUUGACAACUCUAGAGAGAUCUCCUUACACCGAACCUCAGACGGCGGAAGCGUUUGAAAUGUGUUUAGAGGACGUAUUAGCUGCUCCUAAACCCAUCACUGAUGAACCAUAUUGUCCUCGAACUUUUGACGGAUGGGGCUGUUGGAAUGACACCACUGCUGGCAAGACUGCUUACAUUCCCUGCCCUCGUUUCAUCACGGGAUUUCUUCCAGAAAGAUCCGCACACAAAGAGUGCAAUCCAGAUGGAACAUGGUAUAGACAUCCGGACACUAACAGAACGUGGUCCAACUACACAACAUGUGUGGAUAAGGAAGAUUUAACGUUUCGUCAGCGUAUAGUGAAUAUCUACAUCUCGGGUUAUUCAACAUCUGUGAUUGCUCUGUUAAUAUCUCUUGGUAUUUUUUUCUACUUCAGGUCAGUGCAGUGCACGAGAAUCACAAUUCACAAGCAUCUCUUCGUUUCUUUCAUUAUAAAUAAUAUUAUGUGGAUCAUUUGGUACACCGAAGUUGUGCAGAAACCGUCAGUACUUAUUAAUAAUGGGCUUCCUUGCCAAAUUUUGCACGUGCUGGUUCAUUACUUCUUGGUGUCGAACUAUAUGUGGAUGUUUUGUGAAGGAUUGUACCUACACACACUUCUAAUCGUCGCUUUUGUUGCUGAAGAUAAACUACUCAAAUGGUUUUAUUUAAUAGGAUGGGGAAUACCCUUUGUUAUUAUUGUUGUCUACGCAAGUGUUCGAAACAGUUUUCCAGAAGACAAGACGUUCUGCUGGAUAGAAGAAAGUAAUUACUCCUGGAUCAUUUCUGGACCAGUCUGUAUCUCAAUGCUUCUAAACUUUGUGUUUCUCGUCAAUAUCGUUCGUGUUCUUGUGACUAAGCUGAGGGCAGUCAAUUCGCCAGACACUCAUCAAACCAGGAAAGCUGUGCGUGCCACCCUCAUAUUGAUUCCAUUGCUGGGUUUGCAUUACGUCGUUACUCCCUUCCGCCCUGUGCCAAGAUCUCCAGGAGAAGCCAUAUAUGAGACUGUUUCAGCUAUAGUCACUUCUUUUCAGGGCUUAAGCGUAGCUUUACUUUUCUGCUUCUUCAACGGAGAGGUAAUUGCUCUUAUCCGCAAAAAAUGGAACCAAGCGCUUCUUAUGAGAGGUAGAAGAAUGUCAUAUGCUGCCACAACUGUAUCGGUAAAAGAGCGUUCCACUGCCAAUGGUAAAGCCGUUCCAGCCGCCAAAAGCUUGCUAGCCCUUGUGUGAUGACCAAAAUGAGUAGGCUUUCCUUGUUGAUGACCAAAUGGAUAAUGACGUCAGUUCCCUAGUAACCUGGCAAUAAUGGUAGUCUCCAUGAGACAAUAAUGACUUGACAUUUCUCUUCAAACAGUCCAGGUGUUCAUUCAGAAGAUCAAAAAUUUGUUGUUUCAGACUUUCGAAGAAUGAGACAUUUCUGAAGUGAGAAACAUGAUCGCCAAGAUGUAGCCAAGCAUCUUUUCAUGCACGUCAAAUGCUCCAUGAAACAUCUGUACAAACCAUCUUUCGAGAACUAAACAUUGUUGUCCAUCAUCAAGAAGUGACAGUUCAAGAAUCAGCGCAUCAUGAUCACCAAACAUCA